GCGCAGGCAUCAGCGUGGGGAAGGAACAGAGGGUUAGAGAAGAAUGAGGUGUGGAGACCCAGGCUGGCCCAGAGUACCCCUCAGAUGGCUUCGGUCGGGAGCUGCUUGAAGAAGUUUAAGUCUUUCCUGGUCCUGGUCUUGACCCCCUUGCUGCUGCUACCCAUCGUGGUGAUCGCCAAGUCCAAGCGCGCCAACUGUACCUAUGUCAUCCUCCUCAUGGCUGUGUACUGGUGCACGGAGGUCAUCCCCUUGCCUGUGACAUCCCUCCUCCCUAUUUUGCUGUUCCCUUUGCUCAAAGUCCUGGACUCUAAGCAGGUGUGUUUACAGUACAUGAAGGACACCACGGUGCUUUUCCUGGGGGGCCUGAUCGUUGCUGUGGCUGUGGAACAUUGGAAUGUGCACAAAAGGAUUGCCCUGCGCACCCUCCUCCUGGUUGGCAUCUCCCCAGGCCUCCUGAUGCUGGGCUUCAUGUGCAUCACAGCCUUCUUGUCCAUGUGGAUCAGUAACACAGCCACAACAGCCAUGAUGGUGCCCAUUGUCCAGGCUGUGCUGGACCAGCUGAAGUUGACAGACAAGGAUGACGAAUUUUCCCCGUCUAGCAUAGAGCUCUCGGAUAAGGAUGAAAAAGACCUCCAAGAGAAAAAUGUUGCUUCCCAGGUCAAGAACAAGGAGAUGGUAGGAAAAAAUGUGAGUACAUGCAAGGCAUUGACACUGUGUGUGUGCUAUGCAGCCAGCAUUGGAGGCACUGGGACUCUGACUGGGACUGGACCCAACAUUGUGCUAUCAGGGCAGAUGAGCAUGUUGUUCCCUGAGAGCAAAGAAAUUAUCAACUUUGCUUCCUGGUUCAGCUUUGCCUUCCCCAACAUGCUUCUGAUGCUGUUUAUUGCCUGGAUCUGGCUCCAGUGCAUGUUCCUGGGCACCAAUUUUAAAAGAAACAUAGGCAUUGGCGUCCAGAAGACAGAGAAGGAGAAGGCGGCGUAUCUGAUGCUGAAAGAAGAGUAUGAGAAACUGGGCUCCCUCUCCUACCCGGAAAUCAGCGUGCUGAUCAACUUCGCUUUCCUGAUUGUUCUGUGGUUUUUCCGGGAUCCCGGCUUUAUUCCUGGCUGGCAAUCGAUUUACUGGAAAGAGACUAAGAACAAGUAUGUGACAGAUGCCACUGUGGCGAUCUUCAUCUCCAUCCUGAUGUUCAUCCUUCCUUCCCAGAGGUUAAAAUUCAAUUUCCGAAGCCAGAAUGAAGAAGAGUGGAAGGCCCCAUUCUACCCCCCACCUCUGCUGUCCUGGAAGGUGGCCCAGGAAAAAGUCCCCUGGGGCAUUGUGUUGCUCCUGGGUGGUGGCUUCGCCCUGGCUAAAGGAUGUGAGGUCUCAGGGCUGUCAGAGUGGAUGGGGAAGCAGACGGACCCCCUGAAGAACUUCACCCCGACCGUUCUAGUCAUGUUCCUCAUGGUAUUAAUAGCUAUUUUCACUGAGUACACUAGCAACAUUGCCACUGUCACCCUCUUCCUGCCCAUCUUUGCCUCCAUGUCCCAGAAACUUCAUAUCAACCCCUUGUAUGUCAUGAUUCCCUGCACUUUGAGCUCCUCCUUUGCCUUCAUGCUGCCUGUGGCCACACCCCCGAACGCCAUUGUGUUCUCUUAUGGGCACCUUAAAGUUUCUGACAUGGUGAAAACAGGCUUCGUAAUGAACAUAAUCGGCUUUCUCUGUGUGUCUCUAGCCAUCAACACCUGGGGACGCCUGCUGUUUGACCUGGACCAUUUCCCAAGCUGGGCAAAUGCCACACAAACCAGCAUUAGAGACUAAGGAUUCAGCUGGCUGGCUGUGUGGUGU